CGUCGUCAAUCCAGCCCAGCAAUCCGGCCGUCGAAUUCCCUCAACCUUCUCUCUCCCCAACCACAACCCUUCCUGUGGAAGGCAUUCCUCUCUCAUUAGGCUUCCACCGCAUCCUUAGCCGCCGUAUUUCCUUUCCUCCCGUCGUUCACGUCCGGCUCCCGCCACCGCGUUGCCCACCAUGUCUUGGAGGUUGACCAAGAAGCUCAAGGAGACACACCUGACAACCACGCUCUCCAACACAUUCUCCCGCUCACCUUCGACAUCUACCAUCACCGACAAGAGCGGCGAGGGAGGUGAUGAGAAGGGCGCCGGGAGCAUCUCGGGCGCGGCCACCCCGACUAGCGAGAGCAACAUCGCCAUAGAAACCCUCACCCAGGCCCCCGUUGUCAAGCCGUCGAAACCCGGAAUCCUCGUCGUAACCCUGCACGAGGGCCAGGGCUUCUCCCUCCCAGAACAGCACCGGGCCGCUUUCAGCGCCUCCAACCACCAGUCCUCGGUCUCUACCGGAAAUGGCUUCGGCGUCGCCGGCUCUGUCCGCCCGGGCUCCUCGCAAAAGUCCCCCACCUACUCGAACGGCAGGCCGCAGACGUCGGGUGGUGGCUUCGGCCCACUCCCUACGAACCACGGCCGCUUCUCGGGCAAGUACAUGCCCUACGCCCUGAUCGAUUUCGACAAGGUCCAGGUCUUCGUCAACUCGGUCGAGGGCUCGCCCGACAACCCGCUCUGGGCCGGUUCCAACACGCAGUACAAAUUCGAUGUGUCGCGCGUAACCGAGCUCACCAUCCAUCUUUAUAUCCGAAAUCCGAAUGCCCCGCCGGGUUCAGGCCGGAGCCAGGAUAUCUUCCUCGGCGUCUGUCGCAUUAACCCGCGGUUCGAGGAGAAGCAACAAUUCGCCGAGGACCCCAAGAUGAGCAAAAAGGACAAGGAGAAGGCCAUGGCCGAAUUCGAGAAGAAGCAGCGGGCGUUGGGUUUCAGCGGGGUCGAGUGGGCGGACGUGCAGUACGGCACGGGCAAACUCAAGAUCGGAGUCGAGUUCGUCGCUAACCGUACGGGAAAGCUCAAGCUGGACGAGGACUUUGAGCUGCUCAAGGUCGUGGGCAAGGGCAGCUUCGGAAAGGUCAUGCAGGUCCGCAAGCAGGACACCAACCGAAUCUAUGCCCUCAAGACCAUCCGCAAGGCACACAUCAUCUCGAGGUCCGAGGUGACGCAUACCCUUGCCGAGCGCUCUGUCCUGGCGCAGAUCAACAAUCCUUUCAUCGUCCCGCUCAAGUUCGCCUUCCAGUCGCCCGAGAAGCUCUACUUCGUGCUCGCCUUCGUCAACGGCGGCGAGCUGUUCCACCAUCUGCAGAAGGAGCAGCGCUUUGACGUUAACCGCUCGCGCUUCUACACUGCGGAGCUGAUCUGUGCUCUCGAGUGCCUCCACGGCUUCAAUGUCGUAUACCGCGAUCUUAAGCCCGAGAAUAUUCUGCUCGACUACCAGGGCCACAUCGCGCUGUGUGACUUUGGCCUCUGCAAGCUCGACAUGAAGGACGAGGACCAGACCAACACCUUCUGCGGCACGCCCGAGUACUUGGCACCCGAGCUGCUCGAGGGCAAAGGCUACGACAAGGCGGUCGACUGGUGGACUCUCGGUGUGCUUCUCUACGAGAUGCUGACGGGCCUUCCUCCAUUCUACGACGAGAACACGAACGAGAUGUACAAGAAGAUCCUCUACCAGCCUCUCGACUUCCCUGGCCCUGAGAUAGUGCCUCCAGCCGCGCAGGACCUGCUGAGGAAGCUGCUGGAUCGGGAUCCCAAGACCCGGCUUGGUUCGCCAGAGCGGGGCCGCGGCGCAGCUGAGAUCAAGUCACACCCCUUCUUCCACGCCAUAGACUGGCGAAAGCUCCUGCAGCGGAAGUAUGAGCCGGCUUUCAAGCCCAGCGUUGCCAAUGCUCUCGAUACCACCAAUUUCGAUCCCGAGUUCACGUCGGAGGCGCCCCAGGACUCGUACGUCGAGGGACCAGUCCUGUCGCAGACCAUGCAGGACCAGUUCCAAGGCUUUAGCUACAACCGGCCGAUCGCCGGUCUGGAUGACGCUGGUGGCAGUGUCAAGGACCCGUCCUUCGUUGGCAGCCUGCAGGGCGGCCGAUAAAGACAAUGAAGAACGACAAGAAAGACGAGGUUCGCAUCCAAGACGCAUGCUUUGGUGCUGUAUCUCCCUUUCUUUCUGAAUGCCUUCCCAAGGCUAUUGCCACUCCUGCCCAUCGGGCCCGGUCUCGACUCUUCGAGGCAUCAACGGUCUUGGCUGGUUCCGUCAUACUGGUCUGCGAUAAAAUUCGGGGACUUGGCAUGGAUCUCUGCGCAUCUGGGAAUGCAAUUCACGACAGCAGUCGACAUGACGUCCUCAUGGACUGGGUUGGAAUUUCAGAUUUUCUGGCAAGCUCAUUUUCCCAAUCGUAUGAACCCACGGGCAAUAUGAAGUUUUCGCUUGCUUUUUCAGCCACCAUUGAUAUACUCGCAGAAUUUCCCGCAAUACCUUAGGAGUCAGGACUUGUUCACGCUCCGGGGAAAUCUGCUCGAUCUUUUCUUCUCUUGUUUUUCAUUCUCGGCUUUGGCAGUCGGUGGAUUUUUUUAGUGUACUUCCUACGUCGCAGCUUUUUUCUCUGCCUCUUUCUGACUAUCCCAUGUUGGUGUUCAUCUGCUGCGCCAUUUGUUUUUGCUGUCAAUUCAACCAAUUUGCCGCUGUCCACCAAGAUUAAAGAGGAGGAUGCGGAUAGCAAAAGACCAGUGUAGAUACCCUAGCGACGAAGGGGCGUUGAGCACGCGGUACACAGCCAGUGAGUCUGACUAAGUGCGCACACGCGAGAUUUGGUUGUCAACUAUUCUCCGGCACUUUUAGAAAAUACACAUCGGGCUUCACGUGUCUGCCGUAAAACUUGUCGGUCCGCCCUUGCAGGACCUUGCGAGACGCCCUGCGGCUAAGCCCAUAUCGGCGACCCGGCGACCCGGCGAUCUCGCCGGCCUGCUAUGGCCAUGGUGACGGGAUUAUGCGUCAAGGGGAAGAGGCUUCGCCUUGGCGAUGAUGAUGGCAGAUGUGCUUGGAGCGGGAUCAUUGAAAAGCAGCAUGAAUAAGUUUAAGAGGAAAACAAAGUAUUAGUCUACGUAAAAAAGGGAAUCUCAUGUACAAACGACUCC